AUGGCAGCGCCCUUGACUGCGGAAGAGGAGACCCGUUAUACGGAAGUCAUCGAUGGUAUCCUAGCUACCGCGGACCUUGAAACUGUCACGCGUAAGAAAAUUCGCAUGGGCCUCGAAGCUGCACUGGGCGGGAAGGAUCUGAGCGAUCAGAAAAAUGCUAUUAAGGCGCUGAUAGAGGAGCGUUUUGACGCUAUCUCGUCGGGUGCUCCGCCACCAUCCUCCGCAAUUCCUCAACCCGAGUUGACUUCUCCCCGCCCUUCGCCUCUGGAACAAGCCAAUGGCUACGAAGAAAAUAGCCAAGAUGCGGAUGACACAAACGGGGAUGAGAUAAAGGUGUCAGUGCAACCGCCGAGAAAGAAACAGCGGAAAGAGAAGAGUGAAGAUACGGAGGACGCGGAUGCCAAAUUGGCAGCGAUGCUCCAGGCACAGGAGAACCAGCGCACUCGAGCAACACGUGGAGGUGGGAAGCCUAAGGCCCCGGCGAAGAAGAAGAAAGCCACGCCUCGGAAGAAAAGCGAAAAGAAAGUCGGACCCGAUGAUGAUAGCGAUGUGGCAGGAAGUGAGGAAUCAAGUAGCCGGCCACGAAAAGCUGGAGGGGGUUUCCAGAAGCCCUUCAAUCUUAGUUACCCUCUUGCCGAGCUCUGUGGAGAAUCGCAGCUAUCCCGACCGCAAGUCGUCAAGAAAUUAUGGGAACAUAUAAAGGGCAACCAACUGCAAGACCCAAAUGACAAGCGGCAGAUACGAUGCGACGAGAGGAUGCAAGCUGUUUUUAAGCAAGCUAGGGUAGACAUGUUCCAGAUGAACAAGCUGGUUGGUAACCACCUUUACCCGGUAGAUGAGGAGUAA